UGAUCACGAUUUUCAACCUGCAACCCGUUCAAUUUUACAAUUUUAUCGCGAAAAAAGUCCUGAAACAUUUAUAAAAUAUCUAUAGCAAUGUCCUUCAUUGGCAUCAGCAGCAGCCUGGUGCGCUCCAUUCCGCGCUCGCUACUUUUUGCAAACCACAGUCGACAAGUGCAUCGCUGGGUAGGCCCAACCCUGAGGGAGCUGAAACACCGUCGGGAAAAGAUGGGCCCGGAAGCCGAACUACCCCGCUCGUCGCAUAGCGAUUGGAACUACAAAGCCGAAAUAUUUGCCUUUGGGAAACGCCUAUCGGAGCAGUUCGAUGCGGCUGUCCUUCAGCAGGCAUUCACUCACCGCUCGUUCAUUGCGCAAGAGGAACAGAAGCAACUGGACGUGGGCAUUGAGCAGCCGGAACUGGGACUUAAAGAUAACCGACAGUUGGUUCAGCUCGGCGAGCAGCUGAUUCAAGAGUACGUGGAAGCGUUUCUGCUGACGACACUGCCCAAGCUUCCGACUGAGGGAAUCCGGGCGAUUGCUAAUGGUAUGACUUUUUCGGAUAAACUGGCCGAUGUUUCUAAGCAUCUGGGAACGAAGGACAUCAUUUUGGCAGCUGAAUUCCCCGUGACGGAACAACUGUUGGCCGAUACCUUAAAGGCGGUUGUGGGAGCGCUUUACAUAUCUUCUGACGAAGAACGCGCGUUUAUGUUUGUUAGAGACUUUGUUUGUACGCAGCUGAACCAACAGGACGUAAACGAGUACUGGAACUUUGAAGAUCCACUGGAACUGCUGAAGGAGUACUGCAAAGAGAAGAAACUAGGCGAACCAGAACCCCGUUCGAUUGGGCUGGUUGGAAAGAAUACUCUACUGGCCACGCAUAGGGUGGGCAUUUACUGUAACAAACAGUUCGUCGGUUCGGGCUACGGCGAGGAUGUCGAUACGGCCAUCGAUGAAGCGGCGCGGGACUGCUUGCGGCAACUCUUCGGUACCGAGUUGAAUCGGAAACCAUUUGACUUCGGUUUGCAGCUGGCUGACGUGGCGAGGCAUUUGAAGCAACGUGCGGGCAAGCAAAACUGAGUUGUUCGGUAAAUAGUGUUACUUGUGAAAU